AUCUUAUUUUUAGUACCUAAACAUGAACCUAUGGAAUAUGAAACAAGUAAUAGUAGUCAUCAUCAUUCUCAUUAUUCAGGAAACUCGACAUCGAAUUCUUUAAAUGUACCAACAGGUUCAUUAAAUAAUAAUAAUAAUAAUAAUAAUUUAAUGAUGAAUGGUUCUGUUGAUAUUCCUGCGCAUCGUGUAACGGUUUUACGUGGUCAUGAAUCGGAAGUAUUCAUUUGUGCAUGGAAUCCUACACAUGAUCUAUUAGCAUCUGGUUCAGGAGAUUCAACAGCACGUAUUUGGAAUUUACAAGGUUCAGGACGUGAACAAGAAAUGGUUUUGAGACAUUGUAUUAGACGUGGUGAUACUCAAGUACCAAGUAAUAAAGAUGUUACAAGUUUGGAUUGGAAUCCAUCGGGUACACAACUAGCUACAGGUAGCUAUGAUGGUUAUGCUCGAAUAUGGUCAUCUGAUGGCAAUCUAGCUAGUACACUUGGUCAACAUAAAGGCCCGAUAUUUGCUUUAAAAUGGAAUAAAAAAGGCAAUUAUAUAUUAUCAGCUGGUGUUGAUCGAACAACAAUUAUUUGGGAUGCUAAUUCUGGUCAUUGUGAACAACAAUUUGCUUUUCAUACAGCACCAGCACUUGAUGUUGAUUGGCAAUCGGAUGUAACAUUUGCAUCAUGUUCAACAGAUCAAAAAAUUCAUGUUUGUCGUUUGGGUGAAACGAAACCUGUUAAAACAUUCCAUGGACAUCAAAAUGAAGUUAAUGCUAUUAAAUGGGAUCCACAAGGACGUUUACUUGCUUCAUGUUCAGAUGAUAUGACAUUAAAAAUUUGGACUAUGACAAAAGAUACGCCUGUUCAUAAUUUACAAGCACAUAAUAAAGAAAUUUAUACUAUUAAAUGGAGUCCAACUGGACCUAAUACAAUGAAUCCAAAUGCUACAUUACUUCUUGCUAGUGCAUCAUUUGAUUCAACUGUACGUUUAUGGGAUGUUGAACGUGGUAUUUGUCAAAGUACACUUGUUAAACAUUCAGAACCAGUUUAUUCAGUCGCAUUCAGUCCUGAUGGUCGACUAUUAGCAACUGGUUCAUUCGAUAAAGCUAUUCAUAUUUGGGAUAUAGCAAGAGGUGAAAUUGUGCAUAGUUAUCGAGGUACAGGUGGUAUUUUUGAAGUUUGUUGGAACAGUCGAGGCACACGAGUAGGCGCAAGUGCGUCAGAUGGAACAGUGUGCGUGCUCGAUUUGCGUAAAUAA